AUGAGAACUAAGACUGGCUGUGCCACUUGCCGUGCGAGGAGAAAAAAAUGUGACGAAGGGUAUCCCAGUUGUAAACAAUGUAUCCGGCUAAACCUGGUGUGUGAAGGAUAUGGUAAUAAAUGGAAGUUCUGUAGUCCAGAUGAAAGCUCUCUUAUUACGAAGAAGAACAGGAAAAAUUCUAAAGCCGGUAGUAGCGCUGGACAUAAGUCCUUAGUUCGCUAUGUUAGUGAAAAUAGUCAGUCUCAUGAGGUCCAUACGCAAGAUAGUGGCACUAAUAUAUCCAGUAUAUGUUUGCCACCAUCGCUUCCAAGUGAGACAUAUCAAUUUUCUCACUCUCGAAUAGAAGAGUUGACCGGUGAUUCUGCAGAAGAAGUAUCUCACACUAUACAAGAUACUCAGGAUGUUGCCCAACAUUUGCAAGAAAGCUAUCCGAUCUCACCUCCACUGGGUUUAGAACCGGUAAGACUGCAGUCGUUUGAAAUGGACCUUUUAAAAUAUCAUGUGAAUAAGAUUGCAGUAGUAUCAGUAGUCAACGACAAUGCUUUGAACCCGUUAAGAACUUUGUUAAUACCGGUUGCAAUGUCAUCCGCUUGUGUUCGAAAAGCUCUGUGUGCAGUGGUGGCAAAGCAUAUUUCAUUUUCUCAGCCAGAAUAUGAGCGUUUGGCACUGCGCUAUUAUUCUGAGUCGUUGAAUUCAUUAUCCAAGGAGAUUGUUGUCAAGAAUGAUGAAAUAGCGAUCUUAGCUACGGCAAUGCUAUGCACUUUUGAAAUAUUUGAUAGCGGGGUAAAUGUCUGGCUCGUUCAUAUUCGAGGCCUUGGAGCUUUGUUACAAAACUAUCAAAACAGAAUGCACCGAAACUAUGAACAUAACUCACCCAGUUUCAACUUCUGUCUCAAUUUUCUGUUUGUCAACGAUGUUAUAGCAUGUAUUACGAUACCUGACCAUGUCCCAUGUAUCGAUCUCUACCGAUGGAAUAAGAAUAGUCUUGGUAGCAGUUCGAAAUAUGAUUACUACGUAGGUAAGUCCAAGGAGGUUCUAUUCUUACUGACAGAAAUGGCACUUAUUCGACAAAAGGCUCAAUCAGAUGAUACAUAUAACAAUAGUUCCUCAUUUAUUGAUGAUAUAAAGGUACUUGAGCAAAGGUUACUGGAAUUGGACUUCAAUCAAUUGACCAGCACCUACCCGGAUGAGACAGAUGGUGAUACCAGUUCUUUAACUCUUUUGGCAGAAACUUACAGAUACGCAACUUUAGUCUAUCUCUACAAAUAUGCUGCAACUAGUGGUAAAAAAAUAUUUGAAGAGGGAUCAGAUGUCGAGAUUGAGUAUGCGCUACAAUGCGUUAGAUACAUCGCUAGAAUUCCUGAAAAUGCAUGCUGCGAAUCUACGUUAGUUUUCCCAUUAUUUGUAGCGGGAUGUGUUCUUAAGGAUAACGAUACGUGGAAAAGCUAUAUUAUUCAGCGAUUUGACAAGAUUGACAAGAACUGGAAAAUUGGAAACUGUGCCAAGGCUAUUUUUGCCAUGAAUCUCGUAUGGCAAAGCGGUGGAUCUGAUUGGAUUCCUGUUUUGAAGAACCUGAAUUGGCAGAUAGUAUUGACGUGA